AUGAUGACGUGCGUCAGGAGGAGUUACUUCUUCCUUGCGGUUGUGUUUCCACGCGCUGAUGACCUUCCCCCUUGCCGAACUGGUGUGCAUUUCCCCAUUUUCCCCUUUUCCUUCCGCCCUCCGUCUCCCCGAAGCAAGGCUAAGGCUAUGAGCAAGUACUCUCAAAAUCGUCAAGGAGGAAACAAUUUCUCAUGCCGCGUGACUGUGUUGAUUUUCACCAUUUUGGCUAUUGGCUGCGCUGCGUGUGCGAACAUCUUUCCUGUGUUCAAGAAGGAGAGCAACACUAAGAAGGUAAAGCAGACACUGUGGUACAGCCAGACGACCGUUUCAGGUGGCGUUGGUACCAAGGUUGAUGUGAGUGAGAGUUUGUGCGGGCAGUACAAGCUAUUUUUUCAGGUAUCAGAGGGCGCGGCUGUGGCUGCGGCAGGCAUUGGCCUCGUCGUUUUGGGUCUUGCUAUCGCCCAGCUCAUUCUGGAAGAAAAGAGCUCCCGCUUCACUUGCUGCGCAGCCUCGCUGAUUUCCCUUGCGUUCGCUGCUUGCGGAGCAUGCGUGGCGCUUAUUGUGUAUGGGUACAUGAGGGGUUACUGCCAGAGCGACGCCGUGCUAUCCCCGCAGUACGGUCCCUUUAAGGAUCAGGGCUACAAGUUUUCCGAGGCCUUCUACCUCAUUUGCGCCGCCUGCGGUCUUUUUCUGCUUUCCAGCUUUUUCCAGUGCUGUGCUUAG